UUACGGUAGACUAAACUGUCCUCUAACACAUCGCCAACACAAGAGACAAGCGGAGUAAUUCAACACUGAUUUCUCUGCGAAUGAGCGAGGAACAGACGAGAUGCCAAAAACUCCAGCGAGAAGUAUUAUUGGGACUUUAGGAAAACUCACCGUGUGACUAACUGAAAGAAAUAGAGAAGACCUGAAGCGACGAGGAGACGUAAAGAGCCGCGUGCUUGUUCUUCAUGAACUUUGAGGAGCGCUGUGACCAUGCAGCCUUUGAGCUAGUGCACGAUUAUUGUUUCCACUUAUCACCCUACUGAGUGACCAGUCUGAGAGAGGAAGCCAGUCAAAAAAGGAAAGGAAGACUAAUAAAGGCAGUUGUCGUUGAAAGUAAUGGUCUGAAGGCGACACUCAUAGAACAGGAUUUUUUCCUUUUUUUUCUUUUGCGUUGCUCUUCUGAAGGUUUCUGGAAUCACUGGGACAUUCACGAGAGCUGGAGGGACACAUCCACAUGGUCCAGCCGUAGAGUGAAAGUAGAGUUCUUCACAAUAUCCGAACAGGUGCCACGUGAUGAUGGUAGAAUCAGCAACUGAGACCAUUCGAACAACACCCUCCAAUCAAAAUGGAGUCAGCAGCCUAAGCAGCCAGUCAGACGGUGGAGGAAGAGAGGGUGGGUCCAACGGUGACACCACUGGGGAGAUCAGCCCCGUGGAUUUACUGCAUCUUCAACAGCAGCAGGCCCUCCAGGCAGCACGCCAGUUCAUCCUCCAGCAGGCCACAGGACUCAACUCCCCCAGCAGCAACGAGGUCAAACAGAGCCCCGUGCAGGUGCCGGUAUCCAUGGCGAUGAUGACCCCACAAAUGAUAACUCCUCAGCAGAUGCAGCAGAUCCUCUCUCCACCUCAGCUCCAAGCUUUACUCCAACAGCAACAAGCACUUAUGCUGCAACAGCUGCAGGAGUACUACAAAAAGCAACAGGAGCAGUUGCACCUCCAACUCCUUACCCAGCAACAGCAAGCAGGGAAGCAGGCCAAAGAGCAGCAGCAGUUGGGGAAUAAACAGUUGGCUUUCCAGCAGCAGCUGAUUCAGAUGCAACAACUACAGCAGCAACACAUUUUGAAUCUACAAAGACAGGGCCUGGUGAACCUACAGCCGGGACAAGGAGCAGUACCCAUUCAGAGCCUGCAGCAAGCCAUGUGUCCCACGGACCUGCAGCAGUUGUGGAAGGAUGUGGCCUGUGUUCAGAGCACAGAGGAGGCCAUGAAACACGAGGGCCUCGAUCUGACCACCAACAGCUCCAACACUACCUCAUAUUCAGCCUCCAAGGUCUCACCUCAAAUCCCCCAUCAUCCUUUGCCAAAUGGACAGAACUCUGUUCACACUCCAAAGAGAGACAGAGCAAGACUCUUUGAGUGGAUUUCGUCCUUCACCAAGGAGUCCAGCGACGAGCAUCUCACGCCUUAUUCCAAAGGCACUUCCCUGCAGAGCACUCACUCAACCCACGAGGAACACACGACCUCCCACCCACUCUACGGACAUGGCGAGUGUAAGUGGCCUGGCUGUGAAGCGCUCUGCGAGGACAUGGGCCAAUUCAUCAAGCACCUGAACAGUGAACACGCCCUGGAUGAUCGCAGUACGGCCCAGUGCAGGGUCCAGAUGCAGGUCGUUCAACAGCUGGAGAUACAGCUGGCCAAAGAGAGCGAGCGUCUGCAGGCAAUGAUGACCCACCUGCACAUGCGUCCAUCGGAGCCAAAGCCUUUCAACCAACCUUUGAACCUGGCCUCCAGUGUGUCGCUGUCAAAAAGAGAAAGUGAGGGGUUUCCUGAGGGCUUGCCUCAUCCCCCCACCUCUGCCGCAACUCCCAUCACCCCCAUGAGGCAGGGACCCUCCGUCAUCAGCUCCUCCAGCCUGCACGGAGUCGGGCCCAUCCGUCGGCGCAACUCCGACAAGUUCUGCACCCCCAUCGCUUCAGAACUUGCACAGAAUUGUGAAUUCUACAAAAACGCUGAUGUCAGGCCUCCAUUCACCUACGCCUCCCUCAUACGACACGCCAUUCUGGAAACCCCUGACCGACAGCUGACUCUAAACGAGAUCUAUAACUGGUUUACACGAAUGUUCGCCUAUUUCAGGAGAAACACAGCAACAUGGAAGAAUGCUGUGCGCCAUAACCUGAGUCUGCACAAGUGCUUUGUGCGGGUCGAGAACGUCAAGGGAGCUGUUUGGACCGUGGACGAAGCGGAAUACCAAAAGAGGAGACCACCAAAGAUGACCGGAAGUCCCACUCUCGUGAAGAAUAUGAUUUCUGGGCUGGGAUUUGGCUCCCUGAAUGCCAGCUAUCAGGCUGCACUUGCGGAGAGCAGUCUUGGUCUUCUGAACAGCCCCACCCUGAUGAACAACAGCACGGGUGCGAGCCUCAACAUGCUGCAUGUCGGCCACGAUGAUGUCAGCAGUACUGUUGAACAAGUCAACAGUAAUGGCAGCUGCAGCCCUGGCCUUUCUCCGCAGCAGUAUGGACACCAAGUCCAUGUGAAGGAGGAGCCAGCUGAGAUGGAGGAGGACAGCAGACCCGUCUCCCUCAUGGCAUCUGUCACUCAAAACCUGAGCAUGCCUGGCGAUGAGCGCGACAUGGAUGAGGAGCUUCCCACAGAGGAGCUGGAGUAG